AUGGAGUUUCAGAGCGCUACCGGCACCCUCUCCGCUUCCCUUUCCCCUACCUUGGAUUAUGCUGGCCCGCUUUCCCCUUCUUCUCCUUCGGGGGUCCCCGGUCCGGCGCGGGGGUCAAGCCCGGGGCCCGGCGGGGGCGGCGGCUUCUCGGCCCAGGCAGCCUUCAACUACAACCAGCUGGAGGGACGCUUCAAACAGCUGCAAGACGAGCGUGAGGCCGUCCAGAAGAAGACCUUCACCAAAUGGGUCAACUCUCACCUCUCGCGCGUUUCCUGUCGCAUCACCGACCUCUAUGUGGACCUCAGGGAUGGACGCAUGCUCAUCAAGCUGCUGGAGGUCCUCAGCGGAGAGAGGCUGCCCAAGCCCACCAAAGGCCGCAUGAGGAUCCACUGCCUGGAGAAUGUGGACAAGGCCCUCCAGUUCCUCAAGGAGCAGCGCGUCCACCUGGAGAACAUGGGCUCACAUGACAUCGUGGACGGAAACCACCGCCUGACGCUAGGGCUCAUCUGGACCAUCAUCCUGCGUUUCCAGAUCCAAGACAUCAGCGUGGAGACGGAGGACAACAAAGAGAAGAAAUCAGCCAAAGACGCUCUGCUGCUCUGGUGUCAGAUGAAGACGGCCGGAUAUCCAAACGUGAACAUCCACAACUUCUCCACCAGCUGGCGCGACGGGAUGGCCUUCAACGCCAUCAUCCACAAACACAGGCCGGACUUGAUCGACUUCGACAAGCUGAAAAAGUCCAACGCUCACUACAACCUGCAGAACGCCUUCAACCUGGCCGAGGCGCACCUGGGCCUCACCAAGCUGCUGGACCCUGAAGACAUCAGCGUGGACCACCCCGAUGAGAAGUCCAUCAUUACCUACGUGGUCACCUACUACCACUACUUCUCCAAGAUGAAGGCUCUCAAAGUGGAAGGCAAGCGCAUCGGCAAGGUUCUCGACAACGCCAUCGAGACAGAGAAGAUGGUGGACAAGUACGAGUCGCUGGCUUCGGAUCUGCUGGAGUGGAUCGAGCAGACCAUCAUCAUCCUCAACAAUAGGAAGUUUGCCAACUCGCUGGUGGGCGUCCAGCAACAGCUGCAGGCCUUCAACACCUACAGGACGGUGGAGAAGCCACCCAAGUUCACGGAGAAGGGCAACCUGGAAGUUCUUCUCUUCACCAUCCAGAGCAAAAUGAGAGCCAACAACCAGAAGGUCUACACGCCUCGCGAGGGGAAGCUCAUCUCCGACAUCAACAAGGCGUGGGAGCGUCUAGAGAAGGCGGAACACGAGCGUGAGUUGGCAUUGCGGACGGAGCUGAUCCGCCAAGAGAAGCUGGAACAGCUGGCCCGCCGCUUUGACCGCAAGGCUGCCAUGAGGGAGACCUGGCUCAGCGAGAAUCAGCGCCUGGUCUCGCAGGACAACUUCGGCUUCGACCUGCAGGCGGUAGAGGCGGCCACCAAAAAGCACGAGGCCAUCGAGACCGACAUCGCCGCCUACGAGGAACGCGUUCAGGCAGUGGUCUCGGUAGCCAAAGAGCUGGAGGCGGAGAGCUACCACGACAUCAAACGCAUCACAGCCAGAAAGGACAAUGUGAUCCGCUUGUGGGAGUACCUGCUAGAGCUCCUGAAGGCGCGGCGGUUGCGGUUGGAGCAGACUCUGGGCAUGCAGAGGGUCUUCCAGGAGAUGCUCUACAUCAUGGACUGGAUGGAUGAGAUGAAGAUGCUGCUGCUGUCUCAGGAUUACGGCAAACACCUCCUUGGCGUGGAGGACCUGCUGCAGAAGCACGCCUUGGUGGAGGCCGACAUCGGGAUCCAGGCCGACCGGGUCCGAAACGUUAACGCUAACGCGCAGAAGUUCGCCGUCGAAACCGAAGGGUACAAACCGUGCGACCCUCAGAUCAUCAAGGAACGGGUGGCCCACAUGGAAUUCUGCUACCAGGAACUCAGCCAGCUGGCCACCGAGCGCCGAGCUCGCCUGGAGGAGUCGCGCCGCCUCUGGAAAUUCUUCUGGGAAAUGGCCGAAGAGGAGGGCUGGAUCCGCGAGAAGGAGCAGAUCCUGUCGUCCGAAGACUACGGCAAGGACCUGACGGGCGCCCUGCGCCUGCUGAGUCAGCACAAGGCCUUCGAGGACGAAAUGAGCGGACGAGCCGCGCGCUUGCAGCAAACCAUCAAGCAGGGAGAGCUGCUGGUGGCGGAAGACCACUUCGGUGCCGACAAGAUUCGAGAACGCAUCCGGGACAUCCAGGAUCAGUGGGCAGCACUGGAACGACUCUCUGCCGUGCGCAAGUCUCGCCUGCAGGAGGCGUGCAACCAGCACCAGUUCCAAGCGGACGCCGACGACAUGGACACGUGGAUGCUGGACGCGCUGCGCAUCGUGUCCAGCGUGGACGUGGGCCACGACGAGUUCUCCACACAGGCGCUGGUGAAGAAGCAUAAGGACGUGGCGGAGGAGAUCGCCAGCUACCGGCCCGUCAUCGACGCCCUCCACGAGCAGGCGCGCACGCUGCCGCCCGAGAAGGCCGACUCAGAAGAGGUGCGGAGUCGCCUGGCGGGCAUCGAGGAGCGCUACAAGGAGGUGGUGGAGCUGGCGCGCCUGCGCAAACAAGCGCUCCAGGACGCGCUGGCCUUGUACAAGAUGCUGAGCGAGGCUAACGCCUGCGAGCUUUGGAUCGACGAGAAAGAGCAGUGGCUCAACGGCACGGACAUUCCCGAAAAGCUGGAGGACCUCGAGGUGGUCCAGCAUCGCUUUGAGAGCUUGGAGCCCGAGAUGAACAAUCAGGCCUCGCGGGUGGCCGUCGUCAACCAGGUCGCCAGGCAACUCGUCCACAGCGGACAUCCCGGCGAGAAGGAAAUCAAAUCCCAGCAGGACAAACUCAACACCAGGUGGAGUCAGUUCAGAGAUUUGGUGGACCAGAAGAAGGAAAGCCUCAGCUCCGCCUUGGGAGUGCAGAACUACCACUUAGAGUGCAACGAGACCAAAUCCUGGAUCAAGGAGAAGACCAAGGUGAUCGAGUCUACCCAGGAGCUGGGCAACGACCUGGCGGGAGUCAUGGCGCUUCAGAGGAAGCUGACCGGCAUGGAGCGAGACCUGGCCGCCAUCGAGGACAAAUUGGGCGAUCUGGGCAAGGAGGCCGAGCGCCUCUCCUCCGAACACCCCGAACAAUCCCAGGCCAUCAAGGGACGCCUGGACGAGAUCACGUCCGUGUGGGAGGAGAUGAAGGGCACCAUGAAGAACCGCGAGGAGUCCCUAGGCGAAGCCAGUAAGCUGCAGCAGUUUCUGCGGGAGUUGGACGACUUCCAGUCUUGGCUGUCGCGCACGCAGACGGCCAUCGCCUCGGAGGAUGUGGCCAACACGCUGGCCGAGGCCGAGAAACUGCUAGGCCAGCACGAGGGCCUGAAGAAGGAGAUCCGCAAUUACGAGGAGGACUAUCAGAAGAUGCGCGACAUGGGCGAGAUGGUGACGCGCGGCCAGACAGACGCGCAGUACAUGUUCCUGCGCCAGCGGCUGCAGGCCCUCGACACGGGCUGGAACGAGUUGCACAAGAUGUGGGAGAACCGACAGAACCUCUUGUCCCAGUCGCACUCCUACCAGCUCUUCCUCAGGGACACCAAGCAGGCUGAGGCCUUCCUCAACAACCAGGAAUACGUGCUGGCCCACACAGAGAUGCCGACCACCCUGGAGGGCGCCGAGGCAGCCAUUAAAAAGCAGGAAGACUUCAUGACCACCAUGGACGCCAACGAGGAGAAGAUCAGUGGCGUGGUGGACACCGGACGGCGCCUGGUUGCCGACGGCAACAUCAACACCGAGCGCAUCCAGGACAAGGUGGACUCCAUACACCAAAGACACCAGAAGAACCGAGCGGCCGCCAGCGAUCUACUCGCGAGACUGAAGGACAACCGAGACCUGCAGAAGUUCCUGCAAGACUGCCAGGAGCUGACCCUGUGGAUCAACGAGAAGAUGCUAACAGCUCAGGACAUGACGUACGACGAGGCGCGCAACCUCCAUAGCAAGUGGCUCAAGCACCAGGCCUUCAUGGCCGAGCUGCAGUCCAACAAGGAAUGGCUGGAUAAGAUCCAGAAGGACGGCACGGCACUGAUGGCGGAGAAGCCCGAGACGGAGGCCAUGGUGCGCGAGAAGCUGGCGUCGCUGAAGUCCAUGUGGGCGGAGCUGGAGUCCAGCACGCAGACCAAAGCCAAAUGCCUGUUUGACGCCAACAAGGCGGAGCUCUUCACGCAGAGCUGCGCCGACCUGGACAAGUGGCUGGCCGGCCUGGAGGGCCAGCUGCAGUCGGACGACUACGGCAAGGACCUGACCUCAGUCAACAUCCUGCUAAAGAAGCAGCAGAUGCUGGAGAGCCAGGUGGAGGUCCGCCAGAAGGAGGUGGACGAGCUGCAGGGCCAGUCACAGGCGCUGAGUCGGGAAGGCAAAGGCUCGGAGGAGGUGGACGGCCAGCGGAAGAACGUGGAGAGCAAGUUUGGCGCUCUGCGGGCGCCGCUCAAGAGUCGCAGGGACAACCUCAUGGCCUCCAGGGAGAUCCACCAGUUCAACCGCGACGUCGAGGAUGAGAUCCUGUGGGUGGAAGAGCGUAUGCCCUCGGCCACGUCCACAGACCAUGGACACAACCUGCAGACGGUGCAGCUCCUGAUCAAGAAGAACCAGACCCUCCAGAAGGAGAUCCAGGGCCACCAGCCGCGCUACGACGAUAUCUUUGAGCGCAGCCGGCACGUCCUGCGACAGGAGCGGCCCACGGCCGAGCCCAUCCGCCGCCGGCUGGAUGAGCUGCGCUCGCUGUGGGAGCGCAUCGGGAAGGAGACGGAGAAGCGCCACGCCCGGCUGGGCGAAGCGCACCAAGCGCAGCAGUACUACUUUGACGCCGCCGAGGCCGAAGCCUGGAUGAGCGAGCAGGAACUCUACAUGAUGUCAGAGGAGAAAGCCAAGGACGAACAGAGUUCCGUGGCCAUGUUGAAGAAGCAUCAGAUCCUGGAGCAGGCGGUGGAGGACUACGCCGACACCGUGCACCAGCUGUCCGCCACCAGCCGAGGCCUGGUGGCCGCCGAACACCCCGACAGCGAGCGCGUGGGCAUGCGUCAGUCGCAGGUGGACAAGCUGUACGCCGGGCUGAAAGAUCUGUCAGAGGAGCGGCGAGGGAAACUGGACGAGCGCUUCCGCCUCUUCCAGCUCAACCGGGAAGUGGACGACUUGGAGCAAUGGAUCGCCGAGAGGGAGGUGGUGGCCGGCUCGCACGAGCUGGGGCAGGACUACGAGCAUGUGACGAUGCUGCAGGAGCGCUUCCGAGAGUUCGCCCGCGACACAGGCAACAUCGGGCAGGAGCGCGUGGACGGCGUGAACCGGCUAGCGGACGAGCUGAUCAACGCGGGGCACGGCGACGCGGCCACGGUGGCCGAGUGGAAGGACGGCCUGAACGAGGCCUGGGCCGACCUGCUGGAGCUGAUCGACACGCGCACUCAGAUCCUGGCCGCCUCCUUCGAGCUGCACAAGUUCUACCACGACGCCAAAGAGAUCCUGGCACGCGUAUUAGACAAACACAAGAAGCUGCCCGAGGAGCUGGGCCGUGACCAGAACACGGUGGAGACGCUGCAGAGGAUGCACACCACCUUCGAGCACGACAUCCAAGCUCUCGGCACGCAGGUGCGUCAGCUUCAAGAAGACGCCGUUCGUCUUCAGUCGGCGUACGCCGGGGAUAAAGCCGAUGACAUCCAGAAGCGGGAAGGAGAGGUUCUGGAGGCCUGGAAGAACCUGCUGGAGGCGGCGGAGGGCCGACGAGGGAAGCUGGCGGACACUGGGGACAAGUUCCGCUUCUUCAAUUUGGUGCGCGACCUCAUGCUGUGGAUGGACGACGUCAUCCGGCUCAUCGAGGCGCAGGAGAAGCCGCGCGACGUGUCGUCGGUGGAGCUGCUGAUGAACAACCACCAGGGCAUCAAGGCCGAGAUCGACGCGCGCAACGACAGCUUCACCGCCUGCAUCGAGCUGGGAAAGUCUCUCCUGGCCAGGAAGCACUACGCCUCCGACGAGAUCAAAGAAAAGUUGCUGCAGUUGACGGACAAGAGGAAAGAGAUGAUCGACAAGUGGGAGGACCGCUGGGAGUGGCUUCGACUGGUGCUGGAGGUGCACCAGUUUUCUCGAGACGCGGGCGUGGCCGAGGCUUGGCUGCUGGGCCAGGAGUCGUACCUGUCCAGUCGCGAGAUGGGCCAGAGCGUGGACGACGUGGAGAAACUCAUCAAGAGGCACGAGGCCUUCGAGAAGUCUGCCGCAACAUGGGAGGAACGCUUUGCUGCCCUCGAGAGGUUGACCACGAUGGAAUUACUGGAAGUGAGAAGAAAGCAAGAGGAAGAAGAGAGGAAGAAUCAGCCGUCCGCCACCGAGGCCGCCGCGCAACAAAGGGAUGGCGAGGUGCCGAAUCAGAACGGGCUGAGCAGCGAGCAGGACUCGGCCAGGGAGGACGGCGGUGAGACGGUGAACGGCGUGGCGGAGGGCAGCCCCGCGGGCUCGCCCGGGUCGGUCCGCAAAGCCAAAGUGGGGCAGGCUGCAACACUGCCCGUCAAGGGCCAGCAGGAGGCGCCGGCGGCCCCCAACUCGCAGAUGGACGGCUUCCUGCACCGCAAGCACGAGUGGGAAGGACACAACAAGAAGGCUUCUAGCAGGUCGUGGCACCACGUCUUUUGCGUGCUGAACCGCCAGGAGUUGGGCUUCUACAAGGACGCCAAGAGCGCCGCACAGGGCACGCCAUACCACGGCGAGAUCCCCGUCAGCCUGCGAGACGGCGACUGUCAGGUGGCGCUGGGAUACAAGAAGAAGAAACACGUCUUCAAGCUCAAAGUCACCGAUGGCAACGAGUAUCUCUUCCAAGCCAAAGAUGACGAGGAGAUGAACUCGUGGAUUUCGGCCAUCUCGGCAGCCAUCUCGGGCGAGAAGGGCGACGUGACGCCGAGCGGCCACAGCACGCCGGCGCCCGCCGCCCCCCGCGCCCACACCAUGCCGCCGUCGGCCUCAUCCGAAGCGACGGCGGCCGAGUCCAGCCCGGGCAAGCGCGACAAAGACAAAGAAAAACGCUUCAGUCUCUUCAGCAAGAAGAAAUGA